AUGAACGUUGCACGAGUAUCAACGAAGCUACCGCUCUCCAAACAAACAGCUGCACAGCUCUCAAAAGCUGUAGCAAGCUUCUCUCACUCCUACGGAAUCUCCAGCACACCGGGUCUGCAUCUGCACAUUCAACCCUUACAGUCCCGACGCCAAUUCUCCUCGACAUCAAGAACUCGCCUUCGAGACUACUUCCCAGAGCCCGAAAAGGGCCAAAUCUUCAAGACCGAAGCAGCAUGGCCGCACCCAGGAUACGAUGGCGAGAAGAUGAAGAAAGACAUCUACUUCGCCCACCGCGAGCCGAAAGACUUCUCCGACCGCAUUGCGCUCUUCAUGGUCCGUUUCUUGAGAUGGGGAAUGGAUACCGCGACCCGAUAUAAACACCAUGUUGAAACCCCGAAGAUGAUUGGCGAUACCAACACCGUCAGCGAGACCAAGCCCUAUGAAAUGAGCGAACGAAAAUGGCUCGUCCGAAUGGUGUUCCUCGAAUCCGUAGCUGGAGUUCCAGGUAUGGUUGCAGGCAUGCUACGGCAUCUGCACUCUCUCCGCCGCAUGAAGCGGGAUAAUGGCUGGAUAGAGACAUUAUUAGAGGAGGCGUAUAAUGAGCGUAUGCACCUACUCACCUUCUUGAAGAUGGCCGAACCAGGCUGGUUCAUGCGAUUUAUGAUCCUCGGAGCCCAAGGCGUCUUCUUCAACAGCAUGUUCCUCUCCUACCUCGUCUCCCCCCGUACUUGCCAUAGAUUCGUCGGCUACCUCGAAGAAGAGGCAGUACUCACUUACACGCUUGCCAUCCAAGACAUCGAGGCUGGCAAGCUCCCGAAGUGGACUGAUCCCAACUUCAAGGUUCCUGACCUUGCGGUGAACUAUUGGAAGAUGCCGGAAGGCCAUCAGACGAUGAAGGAUCUGCUUUAUUAUAUUCGGGCGGAUGAAGCGAAGCAUAGGGAAGUCAACCAUACGCUGUCGAACUUGAAGCAGAAGGAGGAUCCGAAUCCCUUCCUUAGUGAAUAUAAGGAUAAAUCGAAGCCGCAUCCUAGCAAGGGCUUGGCGGUCAAGCCGACGGGAUGGGAGAGAGAUGAGGUCAUCUGA